GCUGACUCUUUUUUGUCACCUCUGGGUUGUUGUGACACUAACCAGGCUUUAAUCUAUCUUUGACUAAAAGGAUUAUCAGGCUUUCCGUGUGAGCAGCACGAGCAUAGAAAGAGAAGCAGUGGCAUCUUCUAGGCCUCCGUCUCACGCGUGAUGUAAUCUCUGCAACUUUGCUGCAUUUCAUGGAUUCAGAUCAAGAAGCUGAAGUCUUGUCAGAAGACCCUUUGGUUGCAGAGGAAGAAGAGGAGAAAGAGGAAGAGGAUGCAAAGAUCUUCAACGCCUGGAUGCAGCGCUACAGUAGAGAGCGGGAGAAAGAACAGGAAGAGGAAGUGAAGGAGGAGAGAAGAGCUGAAAGUCUUCAAACGAGGCGACGCUCAUCAUUGCCAUGUUCGACGACUCUCUCCACCAUGCAGCUGGCCGGUCUCCAUUCUUGCACCCAGGCACCCGAGACCGCCAAGACUCUGUUGCGGCGAUCCUCCUCUCGCCGCCUCCUGCCAUCGCAACAGGACGUUGUUUCCACAGCGCCCGUCGCUGAGCGAAGGCCAUCUCUCAUCCCUGCGAUCCCAGAGGGCUUCAUGCCCGACAGAAAGACUCAGUUUAGGAGACGCAACGCCAGGUCUUUGAGCGACACAGACAGCAUGUGUCAGAUAUGCCACAAUGACCUGAAUGGAGGACCGGGUGGCCUCACAGAGUUGCAGUGCACACACACAUUCCACCGAGAGUGCAUCCAGGAGUGGCUAUGGAAGAAACAGUCCUGUCCCACAUGUCACGUCCGAGUCUUCACGCCACAGCCGGCUGACAAUUGGAGCUCCACCAAGGUCUUAGUGCCUUGACACCUCUGAGAACACCCUCCUACAAAGACCCAAGCAUUAAAGUGAUAAACGCCAUACCCUGUGGUCAUUAUGGGAUAGAGAAAAUCCAACAGCGCACUGGGUGGCUGCGUUGGUAAAUGUCUGGUGCACAGCUGCAAUGACAUCAUUAGACCUGUAAUAUUAUUUGCAAUAAAGUUAGAUAGGAAGACUGAAUCGUUUUUAUCAAAAUAUCUUUGCAGCGCCUUCUUGGUCAAUUCAAAGUUUGGGGACAAUA